AUGAGACCAGUUGCUCCCUCUCUCGACGUCAUGGCCGCUACGGCGAAUGCCAACGCUGAAUCCAACGACCAAGCCUCCCGCUCGUCGUCCACCAUAUCAUCACCACUCGGGCCCGAUAAUGAGGAGUCCGACUUCUUCAUGAACAACGAUGACUCGGAAACUUCUCUAACGGUGCCUAAUUUCCAGGCGAUGAAUGUCCGCGACAGCUCCCCCGAAGAGGACGCCAUCCAAGCCCCGAUCCACCGCUUACCAAACGAGAUACUCAUCAGCAUCUUUGCGAAGCUUGAGAAGCCGGGAGAGAUUCUUCAAUGCAUGCUGACUUGCAAGAGGUGGGCCCGAAAUGCUGUCGAUCUUCUCUGGCACCGCCCGCUGUGCUCCUCGUGGGAUAACUUUGAGAUAAUCUGCCGCGCCAUGCGGAACGAGAAAUAUCAGAACCCCUACUUCGCGUACCAUACCUUUAUCAAGCGCCUGAAUCUUGCAGCCCUGGCCGACAGCUUAAAUGACGGAAGUGUUAUGCCGCUGGGCAUCUGCAACCGAGUCGAGCGCCUGACACUUACCAACUGCGAGGGGCUCCACGACACGGGCGUCAUGGCCCUCGUCGAGAACAACACCUCGUUACACGCUCUCGAUAUCUCGGGUCUAGCGCAGAUCACCGAGCAGACCAUUCUAGCCGUCGCUGCUCACUGCAAGCGUCUUCAAGGCUUGAACAUUUCCGGUUGCCAUAAAGUGUCUAAUGAGAGCAUGAUUGAGCUCGCGAAGAACUGCCGUUACAUUAAGCGGCUUAAACUCAACGGAUGCCACCAGCUACGCGAUGACGCCAUCCAGGCCUUUGCCGACCACUGUCCAAACAUCCUCGAGAUUGACCUCCACGAGUGCCUUAACAUCACCAACGAACCCAUCACCGCCCUCUUCCUCCAAGGGCGAGCACUCCGAGAACUCCGACUCGCCAAUUGCGAGCUCAUCAAUGACGGCGCGUUCCUCUCCCUGCCCUCGGACAGGAAGUACGAGAACCUACGCAUCCUUGACCUCACGGCAUGCGCGCGCAUCACCGACGCCGCGGUCCAGAAGAUUAUGGAAGUCGCACCACGACUGCGCAACGUAGUGCUCGCCAAGUGCCGCAAUAUCACUGAUGCAUCCGUGUACGCCAUUUCCAGGCUCGGCAAGAAUCUCCAUUACAUCCACCUAGGGCAUUGCGGGCAGAUCACCGAUGAGGCUGUGAAACGCCUAGUCCACAGCUGCAAUAGGAUUCGGUAUAUCGAUCUAGGAUGCUGCACGAACCUCACGGACGAGUCUAUUAUGCGCCUCGCUACCCUACCCAAGCUGAAGAGAAUCGGGCUGGUGAAGUGCAACCAAAUCACGGACGAGUCCGUCAUUGCGCUGGCGCGGCGCCACACUCGCGCUCGACGCGAUGCGCACGGAAACUUUAUCGGGAACGACUAUUACGUGUCCAGUCUAGAGCGCGUUCACCUUAGUUACUGCCUGAAUCUUACUCUAAAGAGCAUCAUCCAACUACUAAACGCAUGUCCUCGCUUGACACACCUGAGCCUAACGGGUGUUCAAGCCUUCCUCAGGGACGAGUUCCAGCGGUUCGGACGCGAAGCACCGCGGGAGUUUACUGAACACCAGCGGCAAGUGUUUUGCGUGUUUUCCGGAAACUGCGUGAACCAACUCCGGGAGUAUCUCAACUCCGCGAGCGAAUACCAGAACCUCCGAGGUGAAGGUUCGAGGUUCCGUAUUACCCAACCGGCGGCGGGGUCGGUGCAAUGGAUACCGCUGAUCGGGCCGGAUGUGGGCGAAGAGCAGGAUGCCGAGGGACCUAACAUGCUGGACGGCAGCGAGGUGGAAGCUAACGGAGUGGGAGUGCCGCCUCCUCCCCCGCCUCCACCACCUGUGCCAGCAACAUUACCUGGACCUCCCGGACAGGCGGUAUCUAUUUUAGCUACACAAGCACCGAGCCCCGAAGGCACGCCCGAGUCUGGACUAUAG